GUAGCGGAUGAAUAUAAGCGCGGCGGUGCUGCGGCCACCCCUCUUCCGGUUCUCCCUCAGAGCCGCCAUGACCAAGAAGAGGAGGAACAAUGGGCGUGCCAAGAAGGGCCGCGGGCACGUGCAGCCCAUCCGCUGCACCAACUGCGCCCGCUGCGUGCCCAAGGACAAGGCCAUCAAGAAAUUUGUCAUCAGGAACAUCGUGGAGGCCGCUGCUGUCAGGGACAUCUCCGAGGCCAGCGUGUUCGACUCCUACGUGCUCCCCAAGCUCUACGUGAAGCUGCAUUACUGCGUCAGCUGCGCCAUCCACAGCAAGGUGGUUCGGAACCGCUCCCGCGAGGCCCGCAAGGACCGGACCCCCCCGCCCCGCUUCCGCCCCGCCGGAGCAGCCCCCCGGCCCCCCCCCAAGCCCAUGUGAGGAGACCCCGGCCCAGUGCGGGACCCCCCAGUGCAGUCAAUAAAGGAUCAGCCCAGA